ACCGUGUUAAUUAUUAACUUAGCAGAAGCUCAGCAAGAAAUCAUUAUCUAAUGCCCCCGAAAAGGCUAUAGUUAAUUGUCGAUUUGUCGAAGACUAUCUGACAAAAAAUCACCUCUAUGACCGACAUUGAAUUUUUUUUUUGACAGAUCUCUGAAUAUUAGAGUGAGGUUAUAUUCAAAAAAUAUUUACAAGAAAAAUACUUAGAAAACAAAAUUUUACUAAUUAUUGCUACUUGAAAUGUGGUCUAUUGAACCAGAAACAAAAGAUGUUCAUUAUUCAUCAGAAUGUAGAACAAAUAUUGCCGAGAAUAACGAGUUGGCAACUUCUAGAACAAAUGACGAAAAUUACAAAACCCACUAUCCAGAUGAUGAAAUUCAAGACAAGAAGUUUGAAAUUUCAGACAUUUGUGUAGGAAGGGAUGAAUAUAGUUCGACUGAGAAAAAAAUAUUUGAGGUAAAGAAAGAAAAUGAUAACGUAUAUGAUAUGAAUGAGGAAGAUAUUCUUAGUUCUAACUUAAAAAAUGAAAAAGAUUAUGAAAGUAAAAUGAAUGAUGCAAAUAAUUGUGUAGACCAGAUUCAGCCUUCUGAUUGUGCUAAAGAAAGACAAGACAUUUCUGAAAUACCUCAGAAUGGUGAAACAAAAGAAGAUCAACAUAGUUGUCACUUAUGUGAAUAUUCUUCUGCUAAGAAAAGAUACCUCACACAACAUAUCAAGUUUGUGCAUUUAAAUUUGAAGAAACACAAAUGCGACUGGUGUGAUUAUGCUGCAAAUCAAAAAGCCACCCUCAACCAUCAUAUGAAUUCCAUUCAUUUGAAUGAUAAACAGCACAAAUGUGACUAUUGUGAUUAUGCUGCUAUUCAAAAAACUCAUCUGAAAGAUCACGUAAAUUCAGUUCAUUUGAAUGUGAAGAGGUACAAAUGUACAUCAUGUGAUUAUGGUGCAUAUUAUAAAGUGAACCUAAAUAAUCAUAUAAAUGCUGUUCAUUUGAAUGAAAAACAGUAUAAAUGUGACUUAUGUGAUUAUGCUGCAACACAAAAAUAUCAUCUUACAGAUCAUGUGAAUUCUGUUCAUUUAAAAGUGAAGGAACAUAAAUGUUCCAUGUGUGAUUAUGCUGCCAAUCAAAAGAGGCGCCUGAAUAACCAUAUAAAUUCUGUUCAUUUGAAUGAGAAGCAGCAUAAAUGUGGCUUAUGUGAUUACGCUUCAACUCAAAAGCGCCUUCUCAAAGAUCACCUAAAUGCUGUACAUUUAAACUUGAAGUUACAUAAAUGUACAUUAUGCGAUUAUGCUGCAAACCAAAAGGGGCACCUCAAAACUCAUAUGAAUUUCGUACAUUUAAAUGUGAAGCAGCAUAAAUGUGAAUCUUGUGAUUAUACUGCAAUUCAAAAAUCUCAUCUCCGAGAUCACGUAAAUUCUGUUCAUUUGAAUGUGAAGAAACAUAAAUGUACAUUAUGUGAUUAUGCUACGAAUCAAAAAGGUCACCUAAAGAAUCAUAUAAAUGCUGUUCAUUUAAAUGAGAAGCAGCAUAAAUGUGAUUCAUGUGAUUAUGCCGCUAUUACAAAAUAUCUUCUCACAGAUCAUAUAAAUUCUGUCCAUUUAAAAGUGAAGAAAUAUAAAUGUUCUAUAUGUGAUUAUGGUGCUUAUCAUAAAAGAUACCUUGAUAGGCAUAUGAAUUCCGUUCAUUUGAAUGAAAAGCAGUACAAAUGUGACUCAUGUAGUUAUGCCACAACUCAAAAAUGUUCUCUCAAAGCACACAUAAAUUCUGUACAUUUAAACUUGAGGCAACAUAAAUGUUCCUUAUGUGAUUAUGCUGCAAACCAAAAAAGGCACUUGAAAAAACAUAUAAAUUCCAUUCAUUCAAAUAUGAAGUUGAAACAAGAAAUUAUGUGAGCAUGUUAGAAAGCUUCAGAAAAAACUCACAAAAUA